AUGGCGGCGCCAAAACUGUCGGACCAUUCGGGCGAUGAAUGGGGCGAAAUGGCAAAGAUCUACCACAAGCUCACGGUCGGUGUUGCUGAGAAGCCCACUGUCGAAAUCCUCCGGCACCUGGACGACCGCUGGCCCUUCAGCAAGGCGACAGCAAUCCACGACAACGGAUGCGGGCCAGGGCCUAUCAUUUCCCACAUCAUCCAAGACUAUGGCGACAAGCUUCCUGCACACUGUGAACUGUCCUGCUCGGAUUUUUCGGCGCCCAUGAUCGAUAGAGUGAAACAUGUCAAAAGGGAAGAAACGGCGGCCAAUCCAAACUCGCUCUGGUCGAGGGUAGACGCUCAAGUGCUGGACGCGAUGGAUCUCAAAGGUAUACCCGACAAUUCAAAGUCGCACGUCACCGCUGGAUGGGUGUAUUUCAUGACUCCCGACCCUCAGAAGUGCUUGAGCGAAAGUCUUCGGGUUCUGCGAAAGGACGGCGUUCUGGGUUGCUCUUCGUGGAAGGAUUCGCAAUGGCUUCAGCUUAUGAGGAUGGUUGGACAAGUCAGACCUGACAAGCAGCUGCCGGGGAUUCCAGCUGAAUGGCAGACUGCUGGGCCACUGAAGGGCGAGUUGGAGAAGGCUGGCUUCAGGGAGGUUGAAUCGUUCGAAGUUGAAGUCAUCAUGACUUUUGAAUCGUACGACGCCACGAUCGAUCUGUUGACAACGAAGAUGCCCCAUAUGAUCGCAAUGCUGAAAGACUUUUCAGAGAAUGAGAUGCAGCAACUGAGCGAUAAGAUGCUGAGACAGAUGAAAGAAUGGUGUCCAGAGCUCCCUGGCAAGUUGUAUGGUACUGCGCUGGUGGCAGUGGGGAGGAAAUGGUAUUUUCAGUCGUAA